UGAAGCUCUGUUCUACUCUACUGAUCUUUGAAUUGUGUAGAACAUCUUGUAAACUGGAUACAUAUUAUAGUGCAACAGAGAGGGCCCAAUGCCCAGUGGGUCCCUAAUGGCACUAGGAGGUGGCCGAGGAACAUGCUUCCAUUCUUAUAUAACCACCCAAGUUCAUCACAAUCUCAUGAAUAUGAGUUGUUUUGUUCUGUGAUCUUUGUGGGGGGGUGGUAGUUAAGCAAUCGCACCAACUGCAGGUGCAAUGGAAGGAGAUGAGCAUGUGAAAGUUAAUGAUGAUUUAGAAAUGGUCAUGGCUCACAAGACUGAUGUUCCUCCUGCUCAAGGCACAAGCAUGAUCAAUGAAGUUGGCAAGGCAGUCAAGGAAAUUUUGUUUCCUGAUGAUCCCUUUAGGCAGUUUAAGGAUCAGUCUAGGGAACGUAAGUGUGUUCUUGGGCUUCAGUAUGUCUUCCCCAUCUUUGAGUGGGCACCCAAGUAUUCAUUUGCUUUCUUCAAGUCAGAUGUGAUAUCUGGACUCACCAUUGCUUGUCUUGCCAUUCCACAGAGCAUAAGCUAUGCAAAGCUUGCAAAUUUGCCUCCCUUGAUGGGACUAUAUUCUAGUUUUGUCCCUCCUCUAAUAUAUGCAAUGCUGGGAACAUCCAAGGAUAUGGCAGUGGGCACAGUGGCGGUUGUAUCGCUUCUCCUCACCUCAAUGCUCACCGAUGAAGUCUCUCCUAUAACCAAUCCAGCGCUGUAUAUGCAGUUGGCUUUGACUGCAACAUUUUUUGCUGGAGUUUUCCAAGCAUCCUUGGGUAUUUUCAGGCUGGGAUUCAUCAUAGACAUGCUGUCACAUGCAACAAUAGUGGGAUUCAUGGCAGGAGCUGCCACUGUUGUGUCCCUCCAACAGCUCAAAGGCUUCCUUGGACUCCAACAUUUCUCAACUAAAACAGAUAUUGUUUCAGUGAUGCACUCGGCUACACAACAAGUUCACAAGUGGAGUUGGGAAAGCAUUGUGUUGGGAGUAUCCUUCCUAGUUUUCUUGCUAAUUACUCGUCACAUUAGCAAGAAAAAUUCCAAGCUUUUCUGGGUAUCUGCUGCUGCUCCACUGACAUCUAUCAUUUUAGGCAGCCUGCUGGUGUUCUGCACGCAUGCAGAAAAACAUGGAAUACAAAUUGUGGGACACUUGAACAAAGGUUUAAAUCCCUUGUCCAUUGAGCUCUUAGUCUUCCAGGGACAGUAUUUGAAGGUUGCUUUAAAGACAGGACUGAUAUGCGGUCUCAUUUCCCUAACUGAAGGAAUAGCAUCCGGAAGAACAUUUGCCCUCUUAAAGAAUUACCAUACAGAUGGCAAUAAGGAGAUGAUAGCCUUCGGAAUGAUGAACGUAUUGGGCUCCUGGACUAGUUGUUAUGUUGCAACAGGUGCAUUCUCCAGAUCAGCAGUGAAUUUUAAUGCAGGGUGUAAAACAGCUGUCUCAAAUAUUGUAAUGGCCAUUGCUGUUAUGAUAACUCUACUGUUCUUGACCCCUCUGUUCCACUACACUCCCAUGGUGGUUCUCUCAUCCAUAAUAACAUCAGCUAUGCUAAGCUUGAUUGACAUCCAAACUGCAUACCAUCUGUGGAAGGUGGACAAAAUUGACUUCCUCGUCUGCAUGGGAGGCUACUUUGGGGUGGUUUUUAUAGACGUUGAGACUGGUUUGAUUAUUGCUGUAUCCAUUUCUGUGGUAAGGGUAUUAAUGCAUGUCAUGAGGCCUCAUACUGCAGUUCUGGGGAACAUUCCUGGAACAUCCAUGUACAGAAGCACAGAGCAGUACCAAGAUGCUACUAAAAUCCCAGGCAUUCUCAUCCUACGGAUAGAUUCCCCUAUAUAUUUUGCCAAUGCCAACUAUUUGAAAGACAGAAUGUUGAGAUGGAUAGAAGAAGAAGAAAAAUUGAUCAAGCUCGAUCAAGACAUCUUACACUAUAUAAUUCUUGACAUGGGUUCUGUGGCUACAAUUGACACAAGUGGCAUCAAUAAUCUUGAAGAAUUGAAACAAACAUUAGAGCAUCGACAAUUGCAGCUUGUUUUAGCAAAUCCAUCAAGCGCGGUAAUGGAAAAACUUCACAAGUGCAGAUUUAUAGAGUUGCUUGGGGAAAAAUGGUUGUUUGUUACAGUGGCCGAGGCUGCUGUUGUUUGCAAUUCUCUACUUCAGGCUUAAAAAGUUCACACCAUCAACUACAAUCACAAAAAGUAAUUAAGAUUGUAGAACAUAAAAUCAUACAGUAUCCAGUGAAGAAAAAUCCCUUCCCUCCAUGUAUAGAGAGAGAUACCAAUUUAAGGAUUAUUUGAAGAGACAUUCUACA